AUGAAAUUCACUCUAGCUCUCCGCUAUUCGAUAAUCCAGGCUGAAGCUGAUGGACGAGAGCAGCAAACAUUACAAAGGAAGAAAAGAGAGUGGUAUACCCCUCCAGAAGAUGUGCUGGAGAACAAGGAUUAUGCACAGGAGCCAGCAGACAUUGCUAAAAUUCGAUCAGAUCAUGAGAACAGGAACAUCGUUGAAUACUUAUUGACGGGACCUGGAGCAAAUGAAGAACCAGUAAAUGUCUUCACCGUAAACAGAACGACGGGAUUAGUCAAGGUCAACAAGAUCCUGGACAGAGAGGAAAUUCCCAUUUACUUCCUCAAAGGCCGAGCCAAGCUUUUUAAUGGCAUCUUUGUUGAGAAGGACAUCGAAUUAAAAAUCAAAGUUUUAGACGAGAACGACUGUCCACCCGUGUUUAACAGUUCGGUAACAGGUGACGUUGAAGAACUCAGUCCGAGAGACCACUACGUGAUUAACUUCACAGCAACUGACGAUGAUGAAGAAGGAACACUUCGUUCACAGAUUUUCUACAAGAUAAUCGAGCAGAUUCCAGCAGGAAGGAUGUUUCACAUCAACAGUAAAACAGGACAUAUUUACGUUACAAUGAACACCCUGGACAGAGAGGUACAAGACAGGUACACGCUGAUAAUCACUGGUACAGAUAUGAAUGGAACGUCCGGACCGACCACAAACACAGGAAUGGGCACCGUGUAUAUCAACAUUCUUGAUGUCAAUGACAACGUCCCUGUGCUGGAAAAGGAGUCUUAUGAAGCCGAAGUGACAGAAAACAGAGCAAACGUGGAAAUUCUCCGGAUCAAGACCACAGACGGCGAUCUUAUCCACACAGACAACUGGAAUGCUGUUUAUAAGAUCAUCUCUGGGAAUGAGGCCGGUUACUUCAAUAUUACCACGGACCCCGAAACCAAUGAGGGUAUCCUGAUGGUUGUCAAGGAAUUUGACUACGAGCAGCAGAAAACUGCCAAUCUGAAAGUGGUGGUUUCUAACAAAGCAGAAUAUCACUCGUCUGUGGUGGUCAAAGAGGCUAAAAGCUACCCCAUCAAGGUCAACGUGGUAAAUGUGCCUGAAGGUCCUCGUUUCCAACCCAGUGUCAAAGUCAUCUCCAUAUCUGAGGACAAGUCCACUAUUAACCUAAACAAGAUCGUCACCACCUACCCUGCCAUAGACAGCGAUACACUCCUAACUGCUACUGACGUCAGGUAUUUUAAAAAACAAGAUCCUGACAACUGGUUGAGCAUUGAUGAGAAUACAGCCGAGAUCAGGCUUAAUAAGUAUCCGGACCGUGAGUCCACAUUCCUGGUCAAUGGGACCUAUUACGUCGAAGUCACCUGUAGCUCCAGUGGUUCUCCAGCCAAAACUGCGACCGGCACUGUUGCAAUUCAAGUGGAGGAUCAUAACGACCACUGUCCCGUCCUGACCAGCCCAAGCCAAACUAUAUGCGAUGGCGACAAUGUGGUGUACGUGACGGCUAAAGAUUUGGAUCAUUUCCCUAAUGCAGAACCUUUUACAUUUGAAGUGCUCAGCACAAACACCAAGCAGAAGUGGAACAUUGAGCAAAUCAAUGAAACGACAGUGAUUCUGCGCAGCCCGGAUGUCCCGUGGCCUGGACCUUACACAGUGGGUCUAGUAGUGGAGGACCAGCAAGGAAAGUCCUGCGCUCAGAACCUGCAGGUUGUUGUGUGUACCUGCACCAAGGAGCGGCUGUGCAACCCCCAGAGGCUGGUCAACAAAGGCUCUGUAUUUGGAGGAAUUGGAAUAUUAGCCAUGCUGCUGGGAUUGUUGCUUCUCCUAUUGAUUCCUCUGCUGCUGCUGUUCUGUACAUGUGGAGGAGCUGCAGGAGUCGAUGCUUUCAAGGCUUUUCCCUUCGACCAUAAACAGCAGCUCAUAACCUACCACACUGAAGGCCAAGGAGAGGAUAAGUCAUUAGGAGAGCUGCGGUUUGCUGAACAUAAAGACCUUAAGGGCGGCAAAAAACGGGACAGUGCGUGGGAAUCUCGAAGAGAGGUCAUAAAAAAGUUGGAAUGGGAAACUCAAGAGUACCAGAAAAAAGAAUACCGUCGCCUUAAGAGAAUGUAUGACAUCAAAUACGUUCAUGGUGAGCACGGCAGCACUUUAAUCAGGGGACAUUCUGAAUUCUGGAAUCAAAAUGACUGGCUUGCGUUGUCUGAGGCCUUCCUAAGAAGCUACUACUCAAAGAAGGUGGCAUACAUAAAGCAGCAGCAAGCUGAAGACGACUUAUCGAUUCAGUACGAGUAUGAAGGCCGUAACUCUCCCUCAGGCUCCUUGGAGAACAUUUGUGACGACAUGCAGGAGGAGGAAAACAGACUGGCCUUCCUCGACGACCUCGGGCCUCAGUUCAAGACACUGGCCAAGCUCUGCUCCGGCUCCAGCUUUGACCAUGAAGUCAAAUCCACCUCUGAGCUUUCACAAACGGUCUCAUCCGGCUACCGAGAGGGGACCGUCUACCCGAUGUACAUGGUAGAGCCGCAGCCUCAACCCACUCUGCUCCUGGUGACCGAACCAAUACUGGGCCCCCAGGAGAGCAACGUGAUCAUUGACACCAACAUGGCAGUCUCAGACCAGAACACCCUUCAUAGGCUGGGCCUACUGCAUGGACAGACCAACUUACAGGUGGUGCAGGGCGGCUCAGCCUCAUUGCAGGACAUCUCCGGUGUCUCUCAGGCUCAGGGUGGCAUCUCCAGCAGCGUUCGGAUUGUCAGGAGCGACCGAGUGCAGAACGUCGAGCCGGUUCAGGUCGUUCACAGCUCCUCACACUCCAGCAUCAGCAAGGGUCAGAGCAUGCAGACCGGUGAGCAACUCGGAGGCUUCGUCUUCGCUACAUUAGGGGACGCAUCAGGGAUAUCUGCCACCCUCACCCUGAUGCAGCACGAUGUGCCACAGAUUACUGUGCCAACUGAUGGCACUCACCAAAUGGUGCGAGAGGAGAUAAUUUCUGUGGUUAAGAAAAGCUUCCAGUCCACUUCUGCGACCUAA